CGCAUGAGUCGUAACAAAAAUGUCUUCGCAAAAGGAUAUCUACCUAAUUACUCUGACGAAAUCUUACAAGUGGAUCUUGUGAAAAAUAGAGCCAACCCCAACAGAUAUCGAGUUAAGGAUGAAAAAGGAGAAAAUUUUGAAGGAUACUUUUAUCCUGAAGAGUUGACAAAAGUGAGAAAAGAUGAAAAUACAAGUUAUAGAAUUGAAAAGAUUAUCAGUAAAAGAAAGAAAAAAGAUGGAAAGAAGGAAUAUCUUGUGAAAUUUUUCGAUUACCCCAAUUUAGAAUGGAUAGAUGAAUCACAAUUUGUAUAA